AUGGCCCCUUCCCUCCAGGUGUCGCCGCGGAUACAGGAGGCCCGCGACUUGGAGAAGAAGGACCCCUCGAAAGCCGUGAGCAGUUACGAGAAGAUACUCUCCGAGGGCCCAGGAUCGACAGAGGCUUCAUCGCGAGACUAUGAGCAUGCAUUGAUUGGAUUGGGCCAGGUGUACCGAGAUGCCAAGAAGCCGCAGGAGAUUGCAGACCUCAUCAAGACCAGCCGAAACACCUUUUCGUCAUUUGCCAAAGCGAAGACAGCCAAGCUGGUUCGCCAACUCCUGGACCUCAUCAGCGAAAUCCCCAAUACCCUCGAUCUCCAAGCCGCCGUGAUCCAAUCAUGCAUAGAAUGGUCUAUCGCCGAGCGCCGGUCCUUCCUCCGACAGAACCUUCAAGCGCGCUUGGUCGCUAUCCACAUGCAAAAGCAAGCCUACUAUGACGCCCUUACUCUCAUCAACUCCCUUCUCCGCGAGCUGAAGCGCCUGGAUGACAAGCUUAUGCUGGUAGAGGUGCAGUUGCUGGAGUCUCGUGUGUACCAUGCUCUGGGUAACCAGUCCAAGGCACGCGCUGCUCUGACAGCGGCGCGGACGUCUGCUGCAUCUGUCUACACACCGCCGAAUCUGCAGGCAGGCCUGGACAUGCAGAGUGGAAUGUUGCACGCCGAGGACAAGGACUUCAACACCGCCUUUUCUUACUUUAUUGAGGCUUUGGAGGGAUAUAACUCGCUCGACGAGGGCGAGCUGGCCACCGCUACUCUGCAAUACAUGCUGCUUUGCAAGAUUAUGCUGAAUCUGGUUGAUGAUGUCACUCAACUGCUGGGCUCCAAGCAGGCUCAAAAAUACGCCAGCCCGCGUCUGGAGGCCAUGAAGUCCGUGGCUCGGGCCCACGCCAACCGUUCCCUGGAGGAGUACGAGAAGGCUCUCUCCGACUACAGAUACGAGCUCGGCAGCGACAGCUUCAUCCGGAAUCACCUUCGCCGCCUGUACGAUGCCAUGCUGGAGCAGAACUUGAUCAAGGUCAUUGAGCCUUUCAGCCGAGUGGAGUUGGAUCACAUUGCCAAGAUGGUCGGGUUGGAUGUCCAGCAAGUGGAACGCAAGCUUUCCCAGAUGAUCCUGGACAAGGUGAUCAUCGGUGUUUUGGACCAGGGCUCCGGCUGUCUGAUCGUGUUCGACGAGACGGAACGUGAUCAGGCCUAUGAUGCUGCUCUGGACACAAUUGAGAAGCUGAGCAAUGUGGUGGAGGGACUGUAUACUAACCAGGCAUCACUUCUGGAGUAG